GUUUGCUAUGGGCAUUCUGGACACAAUGCAAAAGAGAGUGUGGGUAUAGGUAUAGCGAUGUCAAUUAUUCGGUCCACUUUGACGCCGGUGGCUUUCUUCUUCUUCGCUCGCUCGCUCCCUUUUCUGGUUCUGGUUACUGGUUACUGAACGGACAAAGGGAUUUCAAGGAAAGAGUAGCCAAUGUCGGACAAAGGUGGAAAGGGUUUUACUUUGCCCAAUGGAAAAGGAGUGAAAUCCACUCCUCUCAACGAUGCUCCUCUCAAAGAUAGCUCAGCCAAGUCCAAGAAGGCAAGAAAUGUUCAGUUUUCUUCUCAAGGUUCAAAAUCUGAUAAGUCUGCUCCUGCUUCCAGCAAAGCUAAUUCGGGAAAGGGAGGAAAAGGAGACAGUGGAAUUGGAGGAAAGAAAGAACAAGAACCACUGCAGCUCAAAGUUGAGAAUGAACUGCCUAAGGGUGCCAAAUGUCUGAUGGAUUGUGAGGCUGCGGAUAUCUUGCAAGGAAUCCAGGAGCAGAUGGUCAUAUUGUCUAAAGAUCCUACAAUUAAACUCCCUGUAUCCUUCGAUAGGGGACUGCAGUACACCAAAAAAAGCACCCACUAUACAGAUCCUGAGUCUGUCAGACGAGUUCUUGAGAAUCUCAAAACAUAUGGUGUCACAGACGGCGAGAUAUGUGUGAUUGCCAAUGUGUAUCCAGAAACUGCCGAUGAAGUUUUUGCUCUACUCCCUUCCUUGAAGGCUAGGAGAAUCAUGCUCGACGACCCAGUCAAUGAUGUUUUGAGUGAGCUAGCUAAGCUUAAAAAGUCAGCAUAAUGUUUCUGAUUUUCUGUAUUAGGCUAGUAGAUGCAAUUGGAGCACUAAUAUGAGGGAUCCUGCUUUGUGGAGUUUCCAGGGUAGAUAGGCAGCAUGACCUACUCAUGCUUUUGUUAAGUUCCUAGUGGUCCUUUGAACUUUAUGGACCUUGGAAUUGGCGAUUUCUAUGAUUGUAAAUAAGAUUGUAAUUCGACUGGCUCCGAGUAGUUUGCUUUUAGCA